AUGGAUGUCCGCAGUAUUGCAGUAGAGGACGUCAAUCGGGGCGGGGGCUGCUCCAUCAUUAAUCUCAGCUACGUGAAUGGUAUAGCAACAUAUUGUUGUGGCACUCCUAUUACAAACGGGACGGAUGUCAUCUGUCCAGAAGGGAUGGACAGCUUCCAGAUCCCAACGGGGCACGCGGUAACCGGUGUGGCUCUCUUGAGCAAUGUUUCAUCGUCAGCGACAACGGCACCUUCGUCCACGGACACGGCGACAGGAUCCUGUCAUGACACUGCGAUUGGAGCUGGAGUGGGAGUUCCCCUAGGCGUCAUCGCGUUGAUGGCACUGACAUGGGCGCUGUUCGAACGAAAAGCGAGACGAGCAAUGCGGACACAAAUACCGCCAACCGCAGUAGUCUUAGACGACAAGAGUGCGCCCUAUACGCGCACUCAUAACGGGUCCCCUUCAGAACUACCGCACACACGCGAUGUAGCUGAACUUAUGGAUAUGAAUGACUAA